CCGGGCUCGGCGCUGGCCGCGUGCGUGCGCUCGUCUCUGGCUCCUCUGCGUUACGUCGACGACCGCGGGGUCCCCACCGAGCGCUACCCCCUGAACCCCAACGGCUCCGGGCUGGGCGUGGCCGCGCUCUGCUCGCCCUGCGGCCGCCACCUGGCCACCAUGCCAACACCCCGAGCGGUCAGUGCGCGCCUGGCAGAGCCCCUGGGCCGGACGCCACGCCGCCGCCGAGGGACGGAGCAAGAGCGGCAACGGGCCCUGGCUGAGAAUGUUCCGGAACGCCCUGGAGUGGUGCCUGACCACUGA